UCAGAAGAAACAGCAUUGCGCCUUGGUUUGAACGCCUUUUCACUAUUUAAAAGGUCUCAAAGUGGAAUUUUCUACUAUGAUCAAUUGAUCGUAUGCAAUGUAGAUGCAAUUAACAGCUUAGUCUAAACAUUUCAUAUUAAGGCUCAAGUCAGUUGCGUUGUAAACAUGCUGCAUAAAUGUGUGGUAGGUGGUUGUCCGAACCGAUCGGACACCAUUAUUCAUUACAUGUUACCCGAGGAUCCGAAAAGACGCAGUCUGUGGUUAAAGUUUAUCGAAGACAGUAAAGCUGAAGACCCAACCUCUUCAUGCCGAGUGUGCGGGCAACAUUUCUCCGAGGAGAACUACUUCAAAAUGGAUCUGGGUUACACCACAUGCAUGAUACUAAGCGUGGAUGCUGUUCCUACAGUACAAACUCUUAAUCGAUCACCUGAGUCAGAAAGGGGGAUUCAGGAAGCAGAAGAUGAGAGUUUGGCAGAUGACACAUGUAAGAUCACCAUUUCUGAGGCUGUUUCGCUUGCUUGUGUCAAAGAGGAGCCUCUUGAAUAUGAGCUGAGCUCCAACAUGACAUUUGGACAAGCGCUGAUCUCCUCACCCGAUGAGGGUGUUAAAGAUGAAGAGAGUGAGCUAGCCGUUACUGAGGACGGCAUCUCGACCGAAAUUUCCGGGUUUAGAGAAGAUCAUGGCAGAAAGUACAUCAACUGUCUAACUUGUGGCCAGAGGUUCCGCAGUAGACGCACCCUGAUGAAGCACCGACGGGCCAAUCACGCUAAAAAUAAAACCGAAUCCGAAGUCAAAGAGAAGUUUUAUAUUUGUUCAAUUUGUGGGGAGAGGUUUCAUAAAAUGGGUCUCCUUCUGAGCCAUCGAGUCAUACACACUAAGGAGAAUCCAGAAGGGAGGUUUGUGUGCCAACACUGUGGAAAGGGCUUCCCCCAUCAAGCUUUUUUGAAAGCUCACCAGAAGGUUCACGAGGAUGCCGAGUCGACCAUGCCGUUCAAGUGCCACUUAUGUCCCAGGCGUUUCGGCUACAAAGUUGCCCUCGUUGCUCACAUGAAACAUCACUCAUCUAUACUCACAUGCAUCUGCCCCAUCUGUGAAAAGAGCUUUCAGUUUAGAGGUUCCCUCAUUCAGCAUCUCAAGUCAUCUCAUGCUGGAGAGAAACUCUUGUGUAAGACCUGCGAUAAGGGGUUCCUAAGAGUCAACGGCUACGUCAAACACAUGGACAAACACAACGUGAUGACCCCGUUCUACUGCGACAUCUGCAAAAUUUAUUUUUCACAGCGAGGCUACACAUCACACAUGGCCACCCACGAGCACAAGAGCCUUCCCAAACAGCAGCCCGAUGACGAGUCUGUUGAGAACCAGCCCGACGAUCCCGAAAUCAGUCUUGUGAGUGUGAAUAGCUCUGAGGAAGGAAUGGAUCCAGUCACCGUGAGGCAGGAAGAAGCUGAGAUGGAGCUGCUCUGUGAAGAUGAGAUGCAGGGUCUGUCUGGGAAUCCAGUGGAUCCGGCAGCAGCCGAAGGUGUGGAGUCUGAAAAUGCGGUUGUGGAAAAGGAACUUCCCCAAAAUGACCAUGAAGAGAAGGAGAAGAGCGAGGAAAGCUCUGGCACACAAUGAGAUCUCAAGUCUAAACAAGAAUUGUAUAAUGAAUUAACAGUUUUAGCUAACCAAAGGUGAAAACCCAUGUUUUCUUUCACUAGUUAGGUAGGUUUAUGAUUAAACCUAAGGACCUAAUUCUGUAUAAAUGUUAGCUACAUGGUUAGUUAAACUACAAAUUGUAAUUGUAGGCAAAAUUUCUGUAUUUCUUUUUACAGAAUAUGUAACGAUAUAUUGUAUGUCCAUUUGAUUAUCUUUUUAUCAUGUAGAAAAUGUAAGUCUCUGUGGUGUUAGUAAUAAUGUUUAGCUGCUAAUAAUGUUUAGACAUUCUAUGUGCAUGUUUACAAAGACAUAUAUUUUAUACAAUGCAUUUCUUUAAAACAGUAUUCAAAUAUCAUGUAUGAUUAUUACUUUAAGACCAAUUGUUGUGGUCAAAGUCUUGAUGCGAAGAGACGCAUUUAUGGUUCUAUUUUCUGCAUUUUAUAGUUAUAAACACAUUAGUUUAUAGGUUUGGCAUUAGUUAGUUUCUCUCUCUUUUUAAUGAAAAUUUAAUACUUUUAUUUAGCACGGGGAUGCAUUAUAUCGAGCAAAAGUGACAGUAAAGACAAUUAUAAUUUCUGUUAAAUGCUGUUCUUUUAAACUUUCUAUUCAUUUGGAAAAUGUGUCAUGAUUCCCUCAAAAAAAUUUCGUCAGCACAACUGUUUUCAACACUGACAAUACUAAUAAAUGUUUCUUGAGCAUCGAA